AUGCUUUCCCACAUUUCAGCUUGUUCUUCCACCACCGCCUUCUUCAAUCUCCGCUCUUCUCUCUGCCUAACUUCUUCCAAACGAUUCAAUCAUCUCUUCCCUUUCAAAUCACAGCCGCGACCCCGUUUCUCCUUCUUACCUUCCCGUUCUUCUUCGUCCAUGGAUUCUCCUCCUUCAAUCGCAGCCGUCGAUUCCAUCUCCGAUGAUCUCAGAAAUCAAACCUUAAACUCCAGUAAUGAGGCCGAUGUUAGUAAUAGCAGUGAAACCAACAAUGGUAGUAGUGAUAUUAAUGGUAAAAACCUUAAUAAAGGGCUUAAGCUGACGCUUGAGGAUCUUAAUUGGGAUCAUUCGUUUGUUCGUGAACUGCCCGGUGACCCCAGAACUGAUAUAAUUCCCCGAGAGGUCUUGCAUUCUUGUUACACUAAAGUGUCGCCUUCUGCCGAGGUAGAGAACCCGCAGCUUGUUUGCUGGUCAGAAUCUGUGGCUGAAUUACUUGAUUUGGAUCCCAAAGAGUUCGAAAGAUCGGAUUUUCCCCUCAUUUUUUCGGGGGCUUCUCCUUUGGUUGGAGGCGUUUCAUAUGCUCAAUGCUAUGGAGGACAUCAAUUUGGAAUGUGGGCUGGUCAGUUAGGAGAUGGCCGAGCAAUAACUCUUGGGGAGCUUCUAAAUUCGAAAUCUGAGAGGUGGGAAUUGCAGCUGAAAGGUGCUGGAAAGACACCAUAUAGUAGGUUUGCAGAUGGUCUUGCAGUAUUAAGAAGUAGUAUACGAGAGUUCCUUUGUAGCGAAGCAAUGCAUUUCUUGGGAAUCCCGACAACACGUGCUCUCUGUCUUGUGACCACAGGCAAAUAUGUGGUUCGAGACAUGUUCUACGAUGGAAACCCAAAGGAAGAACCUGGUGCAAUUGUUUGCAGAGUUGCUCCAUCCUUUCUGCGCUUUGGUUCAUAUCAGAUACAUGCUUCCCGAGCAAAUGAAAAUCUUGAUAUAGUUCGAACUUUGGCGGACUACACAAUCAGGCAUCAUUAUCCCCAUUUGGAACAUAUGGAAAAGAGUGAAAGUGUAUCUUUCAGUACUGGGGAGGAAGACAAUGAAGUGGUGGAUCUGACCUCAAACAAAUAUGCAGCUUGGGCAGUGGAAGUUUCUGAGCGUACAGCAUCCUUGGUUGCAAAAUGGCAAGGUGUUGGUUUCACACAUGGAGUCCUAAAUACGGAUAACAUGAGUGUGCUGGGACUCACCAUAGACUAUGGUCCUUUUGGAUUUUUGGAUGCUUUUGAUCCCAGUUACACACCAAACACUACAGAUCUUCCUGGUAGGAGAUACUGUUUUGCAAACCAGCCUGAUGUUUGCUUGUGGAAUAUAGCCCAAUUUACCACCACUCUAUCUGCUGCUAAGUUGAUUAGUGAAAAGGAGGCUAAUUAUGUCAUGGAGAGAUAUGGGACCAAGUUCAUGGAUGACUAUCAAUAUAUAAUGACUCAAAAACUUGGCCUUCCUAAGUACAAUAAGCAGUUGCUGAGCAAACUUCUUAAUAACAUGGCGGUGGAUAAAGUGGACUACACAAAUUUCUUCCGGUUGCUUUCGAAUAUCAAAGCCGAUCCUACCAUUCCUGAAGAUGAAUUGUUAGUUCCUCUGAAAGCAGCAUUGCUGGACAUCGGUAAAGAGCGGAAAGAGGCAUGGACCAGCUGGGUACAAUCCUACAUACAGGAGCUUUCGACGGGUGAUAUCUCAGAUGAGCAAAGGAAGGCUUCAAUGGAUUCCGUUAAUCCAAAAUACGUCCUUCGGAACUAUCUCUGCCAAAGUGCCAUCGACGCCGCGGAAAUGGGAGACUUCGAAGAGGUUCGCCGGCUGCUGAAGUUAAUAGAGCGUCCAUUUGAUGAGCAACCGGGAAUGGAGAAAUAUGCUCGCCUUCCCCCCGCCUGGGCUUACCGCCCAGGGGUUUGCAUGCUAUCUUGUUCAUCCUAA